AUGGUUCAACUGGAUGACGUGAAUUCACAGUGCAAGAACUGUCCGAUGUGCGCACACACUACUCACGAGGUUGCUGAAGACUCUUCGAGAGCCCACGACCGGUUUCGCCCUUCUUGGGACGAGAGAUUCAGUUGGGUUCCAGGACGUUGUGAACUUGGUGGAACCAUUGAAACUGGUGCUUCCCCAGACAGUUUGCGCUGUUCUCCAACCAAAGAUGAUUGUAACCGAGCCCUCGGAGGUGGCGGCGGUGGUGGGGAGGAUGCCAGUCGAGUGUGCUGGCAUUCUUGA